GAUAGGCAGUUCCAGAGGAGAGCACCUGUAUCUGUCAGUCUCAUUUACUUGCAGAGAAGCUUGGCUCCACACCAAGAAUGCUCAGUAAGAACAGCAUAUAUGAAUUGAAGGAUUGAACGCCCGCCCACUGACGAGUCUGGCCUUGUGGGCAGAGCGCGUCAUACUGGCGUCGCGCAUGGUUCACGUCACUUCCUACCGGAAGAUCUCUGGAACCCCUCGGAUUCUUGACACCUUUCAGAAUCCCUGCGUCGUGACGAUGGCUCUGCCUCCUUUCUACGCCCCGGGUCGUCCGGGCCCGCCGCCCCUGCAGCCGCUGCCUCCCGCUCCCUUCGGCUGUCCGCCACCGCCGCUGCCCUCCCCGGCUUUCCCGCCGCCUCUUCCCCAGCGGCCCGGCGCCUUUCCGGGGGCCUCCGCCCCCUUCCUCCAGCCCCCGCUGGCUCUGCAGUCCCGGGCCCCCGGGGAAGCCUCCCGUGGCGGCGGCGGUGGCGCCUUCUACCCGGUGCCGCCACCACCGCUGCCUCCGCCGCCGCCCCAGUGCCGACCAUUCCCGGGAACCGAGGUCGGCGAGCGCCAGCGGCCCCCGCCUCCAGGCCCGGGGCCUCCCUGGAGCCUGCGCUGGCCUGAGGUGCCACCGCCCUCCGACGUGCUCGGGGAUGCGGCCCUGCAGCGCCUGCGCGACCGGCAGUGGCUAGAGGCGGUGUUCGGAACCCCGCGGCGGGCGGGUUGCCAGGUGCCGCCGCGGGCCCCCGCCGGACCCAGCCUGGGCGAAGUGCGCGCGCGGUUGAGUGGGGCUCUGCGCCUGGUGCGGCGGCUGCGCGACCUGGGUCAGGCCCUGCGUGAGGCCGAGGGCGACGGCGCGGCCUGGGUACUGCUGCACGCCCAAGCCGCGCCGCUGCGCGCCGAGCUGGCCGAGCGACUACAGCUGUUGACCCAGGCCGCCUACGUGGGCGAGGCGCGGCGGAGGCUGGAGAGGGUCCGGCGUCGCCGACUGCGGCUUCGCGACAGGGCCCGGGAACGCGAGGCCGAGCGGGAGGCGGAGGCCGCGCGAGCUGCGGAGCGCGAGCAGGAGAUUGACCUCUGGAGGGUCAAGUGCGUGCAGGAGGUGGAGGAGAAGAAGCGGGAGCAGGAACUUAAAGCUGCUGCUGAUGGUGUCUUAUCUGAAGUGAGGAAAAAACAAGCAGAUACCAAAAGAAUGGUGGACAUUCUUCGGGCCUUGGAAAAACUGAGGAAACUCAGGAAAGAGGCUGCAGCCAGGAAAGGAGUCUGUCCUCCAGCCUCAGCAGAUGAGACUUUUGAGCAUCAUCUUCAGCGACUAAGAAAACUCAUUAAAAAACGCUCUGAAUUAUAUGAAGCUGAAGAGCGAGCCCUCAGAGUUAUGCUGGAAGGAGAGCAAGAGGAAGAGAGGAAAAGAGAAUUAGAAAAGAAACAGAGGAAAGAAAAAGAGAAAUUUUUACUUCAAAAGCGUGAAAUUGAGUCCAAGUUAUUUGGGGAUCCAGAUGAGUUCCCGCUUGCUCACCUCCUGCAGCCUUUCCGACAGUAUUACCUGCAAGCUGAGCACUCCCUGCCGGCGCUCAUCCAGAUAAGGCAUGAUUGGGAUCAGUACCUGGUGCCAUCUGAUCAUCCCAAAGGCAGCUCCAUUCCCCAGGGAUGGGUCCUUCCCCCGCUCCCCAGCAACGACAUCUGGGCAACCGCCACUACGCUGCAUUAGUAAAGAUGCUCCAGGAGUGUGGUCCAGCCAAGGCUCCUCCCAGCUCUAAAUAUUAGUGAUGCCGCCAUCUUCUUGUGCUGUAGACUAAACCACAAUCUCUCCACUCCCAUGUCGCAUUUCCCUACCCAGAACUUAUGUUUUCCUUCCGUGUUCUGUGCUGGCCAGAGGUGCCUCUUGAAUCAAGAGAUUAAUGUGGUUCUUCAGGAAAGGACCUAGGUGAACUGGGGUUACUACCAUAGGUAGUAGCCUUAGUUCACCAAAUUUGCCUCUGUUUUGAGGGGCUUGGUCCAGAGUGACUUGUUAAUUUACUCUUACUCUCCUUGUGUGGUGAUGGGUAAGUACACCCCCUCCACUCAAAACAGGUGUGCACUGGAUAGAUGUAGCAGCCUUUCUCCUAGUACUGAGUGAAGGCAAGCUUGACAACGUCCUCACCUUCCUACCCAGAGAGCCCUCUAACUUCCAGGAGGAAAGCCAGACAUGCUUUGUCUUCUGUUUUAUGAAUCCCACUUGGGGUGCAGCUUGAGAGGCUGCAGACUGCAGGCUGGGCUGCCAUAAAAGCUGGUAGAAAACCUGGAGAGUACCUGUACCCAGCACUGGAUUGUGUUUUAAUGGAUGAUGGCUGCUUUUUCCCCAUGUUAGAAGGAUCUUAAUGAAAGCAUCUGUGUUUUAAGUUCCUAACAGUUUAGUUCACAGAGUCCCCAAGGAUAGAAAUUUAUUUCCCUCCAGGAGCAGGACCUUAACUUCACUCAGUCACAUUGAGGGUGGGGUUUGGUAUAGCUGUGAAAUUUUCUUAGGAUCUCAGGCUUCCAAAAACACCCAUGUAGUUAAACCUGGGGAGGAAAGCAGGUAAAAAUAAUAAAAUUUAUUUUCUUAUAUUCAUUAAUAAAUGCUGUUGUGCUUGGAGAUAAUCAGUUAUAUAACACGUCAGGUUUUGUUUCAGUUUGUUUUGCCUUUUGUCAUUUAUUGUGUUAUUUAUAUUUCCAAAAAACUAAAUAAAUAAAUGAUCUUUAAUUUUUAGUUUGA